AGGCGGCGCCAUACCACAGCGCAGGCGAGCAUUUUCGCGCAAAUUCCAGAUAUUUCGUUCUCGUAUUUAAAGGGGUCGAGAGCCGGUCCGUUAAUCAGAAUUUGUUACGAAGCGAAACGCAUACGACGCCGCACUCUUACUGCGAAGCAGAAAAUUAGCGAUAUUCUACGAUUCUACCAUCCUAUAAAUCGAUAACUAUUGAAGAGUUUCCAGUGUUUUGAAGACGAAAAAGUAAACGAGAAAAUGUCUAUUAUUCCAUUCUUAUUCGAGUUCGACUACCCAGUCAGCCGUCCAUCCAGAAUCUUGGACCAACACUUUGGACUUGGACUCAACCACGACGAUAUUUUCCAACCGUUGAACCUAAACAACCGUCUGCUUACAAGAACCCCAGCUGGGUAUUUGAGAAACUGGCGUACCGGAGCUGCUAAUCAAGAAGCCGGUUCCACCGUGAGUCUGGACAAAGACAAGUUCCAAGCCAAUUUGGAUGUUCAACAAUUUAAACCAGAAGAAAUUACCGUCAAAGUUACCGGUGAGAAUGUUCUGACAAUUGAAGGAAAGCACGAGGAACAAGAAGACGAGCAUGGGUAUAUUUCCAGGCAUUUUGUACGAAGAUACGUUUUGCCAAAGAACUGCGAUGCUGGUAAAAUUACGUCUAAGUUGUCUUCUGAUGGAGUUUUGACAAUCACUGCUCCAACUGUUGAGAAAAUGGAAGUUGAGCAUAAGACCAUUCCAAUUACCCAAACUGGAGAACCGGCCAAGGUGCAGCAACAACAAGCUCAAGCUGUUGAACAAAAACAGAAAUAAAAAUCUUUUAUAUUUAUUCCCAUCACUUAUUUAAUUUUGUAUUAUUUUUUAAGAAUUAAUUUUAGUUUAAUAAUUUCUAGCUUAAGCACUUGACUGAUAAGAAUAUCAGAAUAUGUAAUUUCAUUUUCAAUAAAUAAUUAAUCAAUAAGAAUUUUUGUCUUGUAUUUUAUUUCAAUAAUUUAAAAAUAUGAAU